AACACCAACUACCAAGCGGCAUUUCCGGAAUUCAAACCUUAGACCAUGGCCCGAAUCGGUAAAAUACAGCGGGAAGCAACAACAAUGAAAGGAAAACUUGCAUAUUCCAAUUCUUUUUGCUUUAAAUUUGCAGAUAUUAGCUUUGAAACUUCUGACUCAAAACAGCUUCUCAUUUUCUAUCUCACUUAAAAGACUAAGCUUCUUUAGGUAACUGCUUCUUCUUCUUCUCCCUACCUUGGAACUAAAACAAAAGGGUUCUUUUUUCAAAGAACUUUAAGCUGCAAUUAAUCCAGAUACCCCAUCCUAAUUAGGUUGUAUUGAAAAAUCUCCAUUUUCCUCGUUUAGUGUUGUUGACUUUCCUCAGUUCACGUACGCCUUUUAAGGAAGUUAGAUAGUGAUCAUUUCAUUGCCUUAUCUUAUUUUUGGUCAUAGUUUCAACGAUGUUGGAAAAGAAGGAAAUUCUGGAUGUUGAAAAGGUAAUAAGAGAUUUUGAAGUAUUGACCAAAGAUGCUGAGAAUGUUCAAAGAGAGACUUUAAAGAUGAUUUUGGAAGAAAAUGGAUGCGCUGAGUAUUUGCAAAAUCUGGGCCUCAAUGGCAGAACUGACCCUGAAAGCUUCAAAGCUUGUGUUCCUCUCGUCACUCACAAGGACUUGGAGCCUUGUAUUCAAAGAGUUGCUGAUGGUGCUUUUUCCCCGAUUCUCACCGGAAAACCAAUAACAACCAUUUCUAUCACCUCUGGCACUACUCAAGGAAAGCCCAAAUUUGUGCCUUUUAAUGACGAAAUGAUGGAAACUACUUUGCAGAUAUUCCGUACUUCUUUUGCUUUUAGAAACAAAGAAUUUCCUAUUGAAAAUGGGAGGGCUUUGCAGUUCAUUUACAGUAGCAAGCAGAUUAAAACCAAAGGGGGUUUGUUUGCUGGAACUGCAACCAGCAAUGUCUUUCGCAAUUCGCAGUUCAGAAAAGCGAUGAAAGCAAUGCAAUCUGAGUGCUGUAGCCCUGAUGAGGUGAUAUUUGGUCCUGAUUUUCACCAAUCUUUGUACUGCCAUCUUUUAUGCGGGCUGAUUUUUCAUGAGGAAAUUCAGUUGGUUUCCUCUACUUUUGCAUAUAGCAUUGUUCUUGCAUUUCGAACUUUCGAACAAGUUUGGGAAGAGCUUUGUGAUGAUAUAAGAGAAGGGGUCCUCACAAGUCGGAUCACAUUUCCUCCUGUCCGGUCUGCUAUGGCCAAAUUGCUGAAGCCAAAUCCUGAAUUGGCUGAUAUGAUUGAGAAGAAAUGUUCAGGAUUAAAUAAUUGGUAUGGAUUAAUACCAGAGCUGUUCCCUAAUGUUAAAUACAUUUAUGGGAUAAUGACUGGGUGCAUGGAGCCUUAUCUGAAAAAGUUAAGGCAUUAUGCUGCGGAUGUACCUCUUAUAAGUGCUGAUUACGGUUCUUCUGAGGGGUGGAUUGGGGCAAAUAUCAAUCCAAGUCUACCUCCUGAGUCAGCUACUUAUGCUGUGCUUCCUAAUAUUGGGUAUUUUGAGUUCAUUCCUCUGAAAGAGAAUGUUGAGGAGCAUAUGCAAGAGAAUGGCAAUGUUUCUUUCCUUUCCAUGGAGCCAAAGCCAGUGGAUCUUACUGAAGUUAGGGUUGGUGAAGAAUAUGAAGUUAUCAUCACGAACUUUGGAGGUUUAUACAGAUAUAAGCUAGGGGAUGUGGUCAAGGUUAUGGGCUUCCAUAACUCAACCCCGGAACUGAAAUUUGUUUGCAGGAGAAAUGUCAUGCUCGCCAUAAACAUCGACAAGAGCACCGAGCAAGAUUUACAAUUUGCCGUGGAAGAAGCCGCCAAGUUAAUUUCCAAGAAAAAGCUGGAAGUGAUUGAUUUCUCUAGUAAUGUGGAUGUAUCUACUGACCCAGGUCAUUAUGUGAUAUUUUGGGAAAUUAGUGGGGAAGUAAGCGAUGAGGUCCUAACAGAAUGCUGCAAUUGUUUGGAUAGAUCUUUCGUGGAUGGAGGCUAUGUUAGUUCACGAAAGGUUGAUGCCAUUGGUCCCCUCGAGCUUCGUGUUGUUCGGAGGGGAACUUUCCAGAAGGUUCUUGAUCAUUACUUAGGAUUAGGAGCUGCUCUUAGUCAAUUCAAAACACCGCGAUGUGUAGGGCUGACAAACAAUAAAGUGUUACAAAUCUUAUGUGACAAUGUUGCCAAAAACUAUUUCAGCACUGCUUUCUAGAAUGUAAAAUUUCUUCGCCGUUUCUGUUGAA